CCUCAUGCGACUCUGGCUCGGCACAUUGGCAUUUCUUGCCCUUCUGGCAGGGCUUUCGGCAGCCGACAAUAACGGCAAACACCCCGUGCAGCAGCAGCCGCAAGGACAGGAGGGACACACACAAGAGCACGGCGAGCUCAUCAAAGGCGGUCUGGUUGGGGGGGAGGAGAAAGGCGACCACUGGGGGGACCGCCGCAAAGAGCUCAGGCUGGUGCGGGAGAUCAACAAGGACGGCAAGCGGGUCAGCGACAGGAUCAGCGACAUCGCCGACGGGCUGACCAGGGACAUCUUCCGUCCCAACGCGGGCUUACACGACGCGGAGACCGACAAGGGCAGGGUGGUCCAGAAUGACGGCCAAGGCGGCCAGAAGUUCACACUGCAGCAGCCGCCGCCGAUCAAGCUCUCGGCGGCUGACAAGGCGGCCUUAUCUGUGCUGGGCGGCGACCACGAAUUGCCGACCUACGAGGUGAUCCUCGAGGUCGACAAAGACCAGGGGCGAGCGCUGAUGUGGUCGGCGAGAUACCCGCCUAAGAAGCCUGACAAGAAGAACCCGCGUUACAUCAUCCGCCAGUCCCCUCUGGGCAUCACAGUUGACGGCAUUGACCUCGGCAAGGGCGUCAAGAUUUUGGCCCACGACACCACGACGGAGCAGCUGCGAUACCGCACCAGGGGGAAGCACAACCAGGCGCUCAGCUACUAUCAAGAGCACCGCUUCCGCAUCGAGCAUGUGGAGAGCAAGAAGGAGUUCUUCCUGUUGAUGCGGCUGUAUCGGGAGGGCGUGGCCUUCCGCUACGCUUUCAACUGGAAGGGCGGCCACACCAUCACCAGGGAGGAAUCCUCCUUCAGGGUGCCCUUCAAGUCAAUCGCAUGGUCAGAGAGAGGACAAGCAAGAAGGCCAUGAGAGAGGAGCAACAGACAACGAGAUGGAUGCUGACGUACUGUACUUGUGCAGGCACUUCACUCGUGAGAGCAACGUGCCGAACGACCAAGGCAAGUUCCACUACGCCGGGCCCUGGACGUCCGCACCCGUCGAGCUCCUGGCUGACACGCAGUACCUGAAGGAGUGGCAGCGGCCCAUCGGAGCCAUCUACGGCCCCCCACUGCUAUUCGACACAAGGCAGACCGUCCUCAACCAAAAGAGGCACGAGGGCAGCGAGUUUGAGGAGCUGCCGCCGCCUUCGCGCCGCUACCAGUACAUCAUGCUGACGGAGGGGGCCUUGUAUGACUACACCGGCUUUGUCUUUCGCGCACAGCCGAGGCUGGUGUUCCGGACGGACUUUGUGGUGGCGGAGAUCGCCGUCCCCGGCCAGUUCAUGACCCCCUGGCGGGUCGCCAUCUUCGCCAGGGACCUCAACGAGCUCGUCAACCAGGACAUGGUGACCAGCCUCAACCCAGAGCCGCCAAAGGAGCUCUUCCCGCAUCUCCAUUCGCGGCACAUCCCGCGACAGGGCGGCCUCUCGAAGGAAGACGAGCUGCCCGACUUCCCCUCGUGGAUUGUCCCUGGCAGGUCUGUGUGGCGCUGGUGGUCCUCCUCCACCGGCGACCCAUUGCAGGAGCUGCACAUGAUUAAGUGGGCGGCGGAGCUUGGCUUCGAGUACGCCACCAUCGACAUCGGCUGGGAGCGGUGGGGCAAGGGUGUGCCCGGCGGGGAGAGCGGGCCUGUGAUCCGCACCGGCAAACACAAGGGCACGCACGUCUACGGCCUGGAAGACGACAUCGAGCAAGACUACUUUGAGGCGGCGCCACAGCGGGUCAGCAACACGACCCUGCGUCUGCCGGUCCCCCCACUCUACACCAAUGCGACCAAUGUGACCCUCACGCUCACCCCCGAUGGACUCGGCAAGCAAGUCGAGGAUGACUACUUCAUCGACUGGGAGAGGGAGGCAAAUCGGCAGUAUUGGGAGGAGGGCGAGAACCGCUUCGUCGAUCCUUUCCACAACCCCAUCCACCCCGCACUGGUCGCCGACAUCGACCACGGCUUCGGAGAUGUCGACUUCACCGACGACGCACAAGUGGAGGAGAACAUCCCAGAUGAUGACUCGAGCGCCUGGCUCAUCCUCAAAUACCUCAUCGAGUACGCCAAGGCCAAGCGCGUGAGGGUCAUCGUGUGGAAGGACUACCGCGACGUCAAGACCUUCGACAAGAACGGCCGCUUUUGGCCACUGGAGGAGUACCUGGCGAAAGUGGCCAAGGUGGGGGCGUCGGGCGUCAAGAUCGACUACGUGCUGUCUGAGGCGCAGGAGAGGGUGCUGUUCGAGACCGAGGCGGCCAGAAUAGCCGCCCAGCACAAGCUGACCAUGACCUUCCACGGCACACACAAGCCCACCGGCGAGUGGAGGAGGUUCCCAAACGAAAUGACAAGAGAGGCCAUAUGGGGCAUGGUUGGUACACACUGGCAGACAGACAGACAGACAGGAUGUGUGAUGUAUGCAUUCGGUGUGUUCCUUCUGUCUGUCGUCGGUCAGGAGAUCAACAAGAUAAAGGAGCGGGCCCGCUGGGUGACGCCGAGGCACAAUGCCGCCCUGCCCUUCACGCGCUUCGUCGUGGGCCACGGCGACUACACCCCAUUCGUCAUGAGGGCGUCCAAGAGAGACCCCACUACAAUCGUAUGUGCCUCACCACAAUCAACAGACAGACAGCGACACACCCACACACACACACGCCACAUCUGUUUGUCUGCAUCCUGCCUGUUUCUGUGUGUUGUGUGGUUGUGUUGUGUGCAGGUCCAUCAAAUGGCGCUGCUCGUGGUGUUCGACUCGGCCAUCCAGACGAUAGCCGAGCACCCCCUGGUCCUUCUCGACUCAUCCAGGCCCCACUACGCCAUCCUCGACGUCGUCAAGAAGAUCCCCACCCUCUGGGACGAGACAAUCGUGCUGCCAGAGAGCCAAGUCGGCUCCCUGGUCGCCUUCGCCAGACGCAAGGGCGACACGUGGUUCCUCGGCAUCAUCAACGGCGAGUCCGGGUCGCAGAAAAUCGACAGCCUGGCCCUGCCAUUCAUCGACAGCCACAAGGAGGGGUGGAAUGCGACUCUCAUCAGCAGCAAGCCGGAGGAGAUCGAGUUGAAGAGCGGCAAGAACAUCGUGGUGGGUGCGGUGGAGCGAAGGGAGGAACCGUCGUUUGGCGAGAACAAGCUGACGGAGAUCAACCUCUUGGGGGGGGACGGCUUCGUGGGCGUUUUCGAGCCGCUCUGACACCUGCCUGCCGCGACAAAGAGUGUUUCGUGUGUGUAUGUUUGUACGUAUGUCUCUUCUCUCGCCGCUUAAGUAGUGCCAUACCUAUGUCUGUCUAUUUUGGUCCGUCCGGUCCGUGCACUCUGUACUUACUUGCGUCAGCAUGUACGUAUCUGGAUUUGUGUAUUUGUCUAGCUAGGAGUGGGUAUUUGUGAAGCAUAUAGGAUGUCUGUCUCGGUGCUUAGUGUGUGCGGUGUUGCCAGCAUGAGCCUCUACGUGCGUUCCUUUCCAUACCCCCCGUGGGACGGGACUGUGUGUCGUGUGCUCCUUCCUUUGUGUACGUGUAUUUGUUGGCCUGUGUGGGUAUUCGUAGCUCAGCUGGCCGGCCGUGACUCUGUCUGGGCGUUCAUGGUUCAUGCUAUCCCCCCGUGUGUGAGGCCGUGCCGUGUGGAUCGUUCGUAUGGUAUGAGUGUGUGCCCCUUUGUAUAGGCAUAGGGCGUGUUUCGCCGCCUGCUGUGCUGUGUCGUAUGUGUGUGUGUGAGGUGUUGACCAACCAUCCACCGGUAGUCAGUCAAUUACAUGAAUGAACCAUGGCAUGCACCAACAUUCCACAGACGGCUUAAUGUUACUACGGACACACAACACAGCCCGUUGGCUGCUGCACCAUUAAUGCACACACGGGAC